CUCUUUCAGACCUCCGUCGACGCAGCGAAUUCUCCCUCACCUCGGAUUUCAACGCCUUUGAUCAACUUACUCUUCUAAUUCGAUCCAGAAUGGCGUCUGUGUCGUCACGAAUCCCACAUAUCCACCUGCUCUGCGUUGCAGACGAGUUCAUCGUUGCAUUUAAGAAAGCAGCUGCGGAGCAUGGCGUGUAUUCGCUGACAUCAGUGGAAAUUCACGACUGUGCACUCUCUACACUGCCGGCAUCUGUCCAGUUCGAUACCAUUGUCUCACCGGCAAAUUCUUAUGGGAGACUUGACGGCGGAUUCGACGACGCUAUAUCCCGGGCCUUCUCACCACGAGACGACUACCUAGCUCUCACCCGCGCGGCACAGACAGAGUUGUAUGAGGAAUGGCGUGGAUUUGCACCUCCAGGAACAUGCACGCUUCUACGAAUACCUGAGAGCUUCCGCGACCGAUCGAGGAACAUUUGGGGAGCCAAGCAUCUUGCGCUUUGUCCAACAAUGCGCGUGCCCAUGAAUGUAACGUGGGAUAGAGAGAUCGUCUACGACACUAUCUGGAGCUUGCUUUGUGCCAUCGACAAGCACAAUAGACUUGCGCAGGUUAAUUCGCCAGAUGAGAAGAUAUCGAGUAUUCUCAUGACCCCUAUGGCUACGGGUACUGGAUUUGUCAGUGCUGAUCGGUGGGCUCACCAGACAGUUUUGGCCAUCAAACACUUCAUAGAGGCAUUGGAUGACCCCGCCAAAUGGAGCGGCUUGACUUGGCACGAUAUAUUUGACACCGCAAAUGAGGUAGAGAAAACAUGGUCGCCUUGAUGAACUGGAAUGCAUGGCUUUGGGUGGUUUGAGAAGCUUGAAAGAUGCACCUUGUCAAAUUAUACAGAUAUGCUUCGCAAUGCAGACUUCAUUGAUGAAACUACUUUUGACGAAAUUGUAAUCAUUUCACUCGGAGAGAUAAGUAGUUGCAGCACAUCUAUGGAAGCAAUCUGGAG